CCCCUCAAAGAUCACGUUUGUCGAUAAUAAUCCGACGCCACCGGGAAUUAACAUAUGUCGGAUAGACGGAUAGUUAAAAACAAAUAUUCGAAGUAGCUAAAGUACACUUGUGGUAUACCACCAGUAAAACGCAGUGCCGCCAGUAGUGUGCACUAACAAAACAACUUAAAAGCUUAAAAACUGUCGUUGAACUUUGAAAUAAUCUGCUAUUACGAAACAUCCUAAUAUAAAUGCGUGUUUGACCUUGGGAUACAAUUCCAAUACAAAUAAGCUGUACGAUGUGCCCGGUUUUACCGCAAUCUGCUUUUACUCAACGUUUGCUUAACCAAGGACAGCUUACGAGAUGGAAAGAUGUAUGGAGUUGUUUUACUGCAAAUUUUUAUAAAAAGAGUAGUGAUAUACCAUCAAAUUCUUUACCAGCUAUAGCAAAGUAUAUGGCCGACACUUCCAAAAAUGUGCUUGUGAUGGCUGGAGCUGGCCUUAGCACACACAGUGGAAUUCCAGAUUUCAGAUCUCCUGGAACUGGACUGUAUGAUAACCUCCAGCAGUACAAUCUUCCAUAUCCUGAAGCAAUAUUUGAUUUGGGAUUUUUUGUGAGGGACCCACGACCAUUUCUUUCAUUGGCAAAAGAGCUUUAUCCUGGCAAAAAGUAUCGGCCAAAUCUUGGACAUUACCUAGCCCGCUUGAUAAAUGAAAAAGGAAAGCUGCUGAGAAUGUAUACCCAAAAUAUCGACGGUUUGGAGAGAUUGGCUGGUUUGCCUCCAGAGAAAUUGGUUGAAGCACAUGGAGGCUUUUCCUCAGCAUCCUGCAUUUCUUGUUUCAAGGAGCAUGACCCUGAUGAAACAAGAGAAGCUAUCUUCCGAGGGGAAGUAAUUCGCUGCACAAAUGGGAAAUGUAAAGGUCUUGUGAAACCUGACAUUGUUUUCUUUGGAGAGGCAUUACCAGACCGUUUCUUCUUGUACCAAGAUGAUGUUCUAUGGACUGAUCUUCUUAUUGUCAUUGGUACAUCUUUGGAGGUAUACCCAUUUGCAGCAAUUGCUGAUGAAGUGCCACGUGAUGUCCCACGGCUAUUGCUGAAUAGGGAUGUAGUUGGCUCCUUUGGUAUGAGGAAGCAUGACACUAUCGUAACAUGUGACAUUAUUGAAGGGGUUACAAGACUUGCCAAGGAACUUGGUUGGCAUGAGGAGCUGAUGGAACUGUAUACCAAACAUGAGCCAUGCACAUGAAAAUGGCCACUGAGUUAUUUAGAGUGGCAGUAUCUUUUGCAUCAUUAGUUGCAAGUACAAAAUGUAAUAUUGAAUAUAUACAGCAGGCAGUUCCCCGUUUGCUGCUCAUGUAGUUGUUGGCAAUAUCAUGUAGCUGAGUUAUGUUAGAACAUACUACAGUUGUAUUUUAGUAUGUUAAAUACAAGAUAUUGUAAUACAUGUGAGUUUUGUGUAAAACAGAAUGAUUUAUAACUUGAAUUCCUGAAAUUAUACUUUGUCCAUCACAGAGAUCUUGCGGAAUCUGUGCUAAAAUUUGCUAGUGAUUUGGUACAUUUACACAAUUUUGCCAUGGUACAUAAAGAGCGUAUUUCAUACAUUUAUAUUUCCAUUAAGGCUGUAUUUGAUCCCUCAUAUUUUGCGUGCCAUUUAUAGUAUUUUUAAGUUCUUCUCGUGCACUUAUAUAAAUCUGAAGAAGUAGAGGGACACUCUAACUGCAAAAUAAAAACAGUAAAGUAAAUAAAUAAUUUUUUGUACUAUUAUUUUUGUGCUUUAUCUCAGAUGUGUAACAAAUCUAGUAAUGUAAAUAGUAUGUAUGUAUCGAGCUUGUCAUUGUGAAACCAAUAGAAAUAUUAGUAAAGCUAUAAGCAUACGAUACUGUGAGUCACGUUUACAGUGUUACUGCCUUUAAACAAAUGUGCCUCAUCUAAAGAGGUGUAUGAAAGUACUGGUGACUGGUAAAUAAAAAUGAAAUAUGUUUUAAAGCCAUGGUAACUUU